GGACAUUUACUCGCAAGCACUCGGCCAGAAUCUGCUGCUUUACCAUGUGUAGGUACGUAUCUUGUUGCGCAUAUCCCAUGUCUUAUACGGUUCGCACAGUCAAAGAUUCGCAAAUGCGGCCAAGAUCAACGACUUCAGCUCCAAAGACCUCUACUUCCCCGACCCCGACCGCACACGCUCCAUAUUCUCCGCCUUCAUCAACUUCAUCAAGUUCUCUGAGCAGAGCGAAGCGUUCAUCAAUCGCCUUAGAGAGCAGUCUACCGCAGUCAUCAGAGAACGCCAGACAGUCACAGAGGAGAUCCAAGACCUGCAGGUGAAGAUGGAGGAGUUCAAGGUCAAACGAGCAGAAGACGAGCCCAAGUGUGAGGCUCUCCGACAAGAGAACACUGCGUUGAUGGAGCAGGUCAUCACGUACAAGGAAAAGCAGAUGGGCUUCCUGCAGGACGUGGAGGGGCUCAAGCAGGAGAAGGCGGGGCUCGUCGCUGAAAAGGAGAAAGUCACGAACGAAAUUGACACCAUCACCGAGAACAUCUCCCGCACACGCUCGCGCAUCGUGCAGUCCCCCGAGCGCAUCAAGCGCGACAUCCAGACCAUGGGCAACAAUGCCGCGGAGGAGAAGCGCACCGUCGCCGCGAAUGAGGUCAAGACCAGGGACCUCCAGACGAAGAUCGCGGCCCUGCUGAAUAUAGAGAAGGACGUGCGCUCCUGCGUGGAGCAGCUGCAGACUAUCGAGAGGGAGAUGCGCGCGCUCGACGGCGCGCAGAAGGAGCUUGGGGACCUAAGGGAUACGCUAGACCGCAAGAAGGGCGAGCGCGCGGAGCUCGUCAUGCGGCGCGAGCGUGUCCACAAGCAGUUCUCAAACGCGCAAGAGAAGCUGGAGCGCGCGCAGCGGCACGCUGAAGACAAACGCCUCGCUAGUCAGCAGACGAUCGAACGACUGCAGCGCGAGUACGAGGAGAUGGCGGUGGAGCGGCGGGAUAAUGACAGACAGGUGGAGGAGUUGCGGGCGGAAGCCGACGAGAUCGAGCGCAAGAUGGCCGAGCACAUGAAGGCGAGUCAAGCCGAGCUGAACGAGCUGUUGACCGAGUACUGGAAACUCCGGCAUGAGACUGAGGUAUACAUGGAGACAUUGGCGAACAAGCUCGGCAUGCAGGUCAGGAGUACCUGACGAAUUGUCCUAUUCUUGUUCCCCUAUUCCCUUACUUUAAUAUUGCAUUACUUGGUGUAUAGUCAUGUAGUGAUACCCACGUUGUACAAGUACUGUCUAACCUGAUACAACAGACCCAAGGGUCCAUAAGACAAGGAGCCUAGAGAAAAAUAUACCUGACAAGAACUCUGCACAUCCGCCGAAAGGUCGCAGGAGAGGUUACCGGGCGCGUUUCUUACCCUUCGGUUUCUUUACAAUUUCGGCACAUUCUCGACAGUACCACUUUCCCUUCGGCGGGCGCACGAGCCCCACGCAGCCCAUAUGGAACCAUUCUUUCGCGCACGUCGGAUUAUCGCAGGCGAUCAUGUCGCCGUAAGACACCUGGUUGCAGAAGCAGUAACGUGGCUCGUCCGGGUCUGGCGGCUCUCCCUCGGGGAGUAUGGGUGCGGCCGCCUGGGACUGCGCGGGGAUCUUCAGCAUGAGUGGGGGCUGAGGACGGGCUGCUGUCUCGCUUUCUCCCUCAGGUGCGGCGUUCUCUUCCUCGGGAGUCACCUGCUCUGGCUCCGCCGUUUUCUCGGAUUUCGGUUUGGCACUCUUCCGUCGCUUCCUGCCCCUCCUUACACGCGAAGGGGCUCGUUCGGCAGGCUCCGCAACUGGCCCGUCAGCCGGCUCGGCAGUGACGUCGAUGAUUUCGAUGUCUUCGGUUUCCGCCUCCUGGGGUAGCGGAAAGGAAGUAGGGGGUUCCUCCACCGCCGGGGCCGGGGCCUGUGGCUCGUGUGGUUCGGUGUGAGGCUCGACGGCGAUCUCAAUACGCAGGGGGUCUUCGAUAGCGUCAAGCUCGAGAGGAGGGGGACUGGAAGCAGCUCGGGUCCGCUUGAACUGUGGAACUACAAGCUCCGGAAGGAUGAUAGAAGCUGGAUGAGUCCCAGGACGAAGGCCGAGGGAGAUGGAAGCUUCUUGCUCCUUGAUAGAACGGUCAAGGUCACGAAUGUACCGGUCAACCAGGUCGCAGACAUGCUGCGCCAAGUACUGCUUCUCGACAGACGCACGGGAUAUUUCCUCCACUGAUUGGGCCAUGCUGGUCAAGAGUUCGCGAGUCGACUGCGAGGGCUCCGCGACUACAGAGAGUGGUCUUGAGGAGAUUGAGGGUGUGCGACCUUUGUUGGAAGUGGCUGCCGAGGUAGGUGCAGGAGGUGUGGAGUCCGCUUUACCAUUCACUGUGGUCCCAUUUGGCUUUGGACUUUGCGGGCCCACCACAGAGCCAUCUGCGUCUAGAGCGCCAUUGGACUCGUGUGUAUGCUCAGUAGGCGCGGGUUCAUUCGGCUUGUCCGACGCUGCAGCCAAUGUUCUUCGCAAUGCAAUAUACUUGAGGAUGGUAGGAGUGAGAUUGGAUGUCAACUCUUGGGCUUGCUGGUCAAGCUCCUGGAUGAGGGUGAAGUCGCGAUGGAUGGAUAUGGGCAGCUGCUCGAGCAACUCAUAAUGCUCCUCCCUGAAAGCAUCCCAUAUGUCGCGUUCCUUCGCGAACGCCUCUGUGUCUAACUCGUCAGUCGGCGCUUCUUCACUGGGACCAGACUCGGGCCCAUUCUGGAUCUGCUGCUCUGUAGGAUGCUUGCGCAGCGGGGAUGCCGAGGAUUGCUCGGAAGCCACAGGA